AGAAAAUAUCCAAAUAUACAAUUAAAUGUGUUGUUUUCAUGCAUGUUUUGGUUUAAGUAGACAAUAGAUGGUGUGUAGAUGUUAAAGAAGUUUGUUGAUAAAUACUUGGGGAGAUUUUGCUUUCUGUUCCUUUUUCUUUAUAAUUGUUAAAACGUUACCAACAUUAUUUCAGGGGACAACAGUUAUUUUACUCUGUGUAUAUGUGCUUGUGUCUGUGUGUAACUGAGUGUGUAGUGUAGUGUUUGUGUGUGUGUGUGUGUGUGUGUGUGUUGUGUCUGACUCACGUCCUGAUAGGCUGUUGGUAAGAGGAGGCUGUGUUGUGGAGCACACACACACACACUCAACAGUUCCUGAUAGAUGAGAGCGCAGACACAUUGCAGGAAGGACUGACAGACGGACAGACAAAACACUCAAAUCUACACCGUCACCACCGAAGAGCGUGAACCACGGCCAUCGGACAUGAGCCUGACCACUGUAUGGGUUACUCUGGCCCUGUCGACUGUAGUAUCGGCUGGAGUGACGGACGUGGCCAAAUCCCCAGGAGACCAUGUAACCCUGAAUUGUGUAUGUACAGACAGGACGAUUCAAAAAGUCUACUGGUACCGGAUCUGCGAGAGUGGCUAUGAAUACAUCUCAUUGUACAAUGCUGCUGAUCAUCAUGUUGUUUCCAAAAGCACACUGCUCAAAGACCGCCUUGAGGCUCGGAAGUCCGCUAAUACCUACAUCCUCACUGUCAAAAACCUGAAAGAGGAGGAUUCUGGUUGGUACUCCUGUUUCGGCGUGUCCACUAAACAAAGCGAUUUUGACAGUUUUCGGCUGCAAGUGAGGGAGGUGGUCCCCACACCGCCACAGCCUCCCAAAACGACCACCAAGAAAGGCAAGAAAUGGAAGCCUGCUUGCUGUACCAGCUAUCGUCCUCCAGAAGGUUGUGGGAAGUGGAUUCUCUGGCCUCUCUCUGGGUGUCUCAUUGCUCUGGCUGUAGUUCUGGCUGCUGUCUUGUAUUAUUUUAGCCGACUGCCCAAGAAAUGCAGACACUUUGAGAAGAAAAAUCAGCUGAGAUAAGUGGACUGAAGUGUCAAUUGGAUUCAAGUCCUGCAUUUCCCCUGCAUUGGCUGAUUGCAUGGCUACAUGUACUGGAACCCUCUAUCCUAAUUUCUGAUAAAUAAUCUAAUUCAAUAUUUUAAAUGUAUCUUUUGUGUGUAUUAUAAACAUUACAGGACAUCUCUUUACUCAGUCUACAAUCUAUGUACAGUUCUUUUAUAUGUUUUUAUAUAUUGGCACUUGCUUAAUAAAGAUAUCAAUGUAGA